CCAAAAAAAGCACACUCCUCAACUCCACACACACACACACACACACACACCAGAUAAGAUUUGUUUCCAAACGCGCACCGAUGGCGGUGUGAGGCGUUUGGAUGAGAAGUGCGCACGGACGACGCGGUGGAAUUGUGGAUUUUGUCUUCAUGUUGUUGUUGUUGUUGUUUUUUUAUCCAUAUCAUUUUUCUGUCUCUUCUCCGCGUGGAUUGCGGUCGAGAGUGAAAUAAGGCACAAGGCAUGGAUCACCCCGUCUGUCUACUUUUGCUCCUGGCAACAGUGUCGUCCGUGUACGCGGGGCAAUUCCCAACAGCGCAGACGGUAAAGGAAUGGGUGGACCAGAUGCAAAAUGAGUUGGUCACAAUGACGGACACAGCCAGUGGUCUGCAUGAACUAAUAAAGAUUUACAAAAAUCACAAAGCUCACUUCAGCGUGGAGACGAACAAUGCGAGGGCACUGGUGUCAACGGCUGCUGGGAACAUAGAGGGACUGCUGGCUAACCGCUCUCAGGCCCUGAAGAGGCUGGCAACAGAAGCGGAGAAGUUUCAGAUGGAGCACGAGUGGAGGGACGACAGUGAGGCUGACAAAUUUGUUUACUACAAUGCCAAAGAUGGUCUCAAUCAGACCGAGGAGAAGAAGAAAGGAUACAUGCCCGACGAUUUCCACAUAGAUCCCAACUUCAAACGCCACGUGUCCUACAACACCACCGCCGUCCACAUCCCCACGGAUAUAUACGAGGGCUCUACCAUCAUUUUAAAUGAGCUAAAUUGGACAGAGGCCUUGGAGGAUGUUUUCCGGAAAAACAAGGAGGAAGAUCCCUCACUCCUGUGGCAGGUGUUUGGAUCCGCCACGGGAUUGGCUCGCUAUUACCCAGCUUCGCCUUGGAUGAACUUGAGCAACUCGCCCAAUAAGAUCGACCUCUACGACGUGCGCCGGCGACCGUGGUACAUUCAGGGGGCGGCGUCACCUAAGGACAUGCUGAUCUUGGUGGACGCGAGCGGCAGCGUCUCGGGUCUCACCCUCACACUCAUCCGGACGUCCGUAAACUGGAUGCUGGAGACUCUGUCCGACGACGACUACGUCAACAUGGUUUAUUUCAACGGGACGGCCUCGCACGUGGCGUGCUUCCAGAACCUGGUGCAGGCCAACGUCCGCAACAAGAAGAUCCUCAAGGACGCGGUGAUGCAGAAAAUCGUCGCCAGGGGAAUCACCAACUACAAGGGCGGCUUCGAGCUGGCCUUCGAGCAGCUCGCACAGACGAAUGUGUCGAGAGCAAACUGCAACAAGAUCAUCAUGCUCUUCACUGACGGUGGAGAGGAGCGGGCGGAGGAAAUCUUCCAGAAACACAACCCAAAGCAAGCGGUGCGCGUCUUCACAUUCUCAGUCGGUCAACACAACUAUGACAAAGGACCAAUACAGUGGAUGGCAUGUGCCAACAAAGGCUAUUACUAUGAGAUUCCCUCUAAAGGUGCCAUUAGGCUCAACACACAGGAGUACCUGGACGUUUUGGGCAGACCUAUGGUUAAGGCUGACAAAAAGGCCAAACAGGUCCAGUGGACCAACGUCUACCUUGAUGCACUGGAGCUCGGCCUGGUGAUCACUGGAACUCUGCCCGUCUUCAACAAAACACACACAGGCUCAAAGAAAUCACAAACCCAGCUCAUCCUGGGUGUCAUGGGUAUCGACGUGUCCCUGGAGGAUAUCAAGAGACUCACACCUCGCUUCACCUUUGGACCGAACGGUUACUACUUUGCCAUCGAUCCCAACGGAUACGUGCUGCUCCACCCUAACCUGCAGCCAAUGACUGGCAAGUUUCAUGAACCUGUAACGCUGGACUUCCUGGAUGCGGAGAUCGAGAGUGAGAUCAAAGUGGAGAUACGGAAGCAAAUGAUUGAUGGACUCACUGGGAAUUACACAAUACACACGCUGGUGAAAUCCCAAGACGAGCGCUACAUCGACCAAGGUCUGAGGACGUACAGCUUUGCACCGGUAAAAGGGACAGAUUAUAGCCUGGCCCUGGUCCUUCCCGACUACAGCAUGCACUACAUCCGAGCCACAAUCGGUGACACGAUCACUCAGGCAAAAUCAUUUUUGGGGAAAAAUGUUUCUGAAACCCUGCUCGCGGACAAGUUUGAUGAAUACGGCUACACGUUCAUCGCGCCGAGGGCGUACUGUAAGGACUUGAAGCCACCUGACAAGAAUAAAAACAACAUGGAGUUCCUCAUGGAGUUCAACAAUUACAUUGACACAAAGACUCCAAACAAUCCCAUGUGUAACGUGGAGCUGGUGAACCGGUUGCUCCUGGACGCGGGGAUCACCUCGGACCUGAUCAAGAUUUGGAAACAAAAGGAGUUGCAGCUCGGUGUCCUGGCGAGAUUUGUUGCCACCGAUGGAGGGAUCACGCGCGUCUACCCCAAAAGCGCUGGCCUGGACUGGACGGCGGACGCAGAGACGUACGAGUCGAGCUUCUAUAAGCGGAGCCUGGACAACGAUCUGUACAUCUUCACUCCCACGCCGUACCUCGUGAGAGACAACUCGAGUGACGACUCUGUCCUGGUGAGCAGAGCGGUGAACCUCGACAUUAAUGGGAUCACACUUAAACCCGCCGUGGUCGGCGUGAAGCUGGACAUCAGUUCCUGGAUGGCGAGAUUCAUCAACACCACUCAGAGGAUGAAUUGCAACGACGAGAUCUGCGGCUGUCAGCGGAACGACAUGUACGUGGACUGUGUCAUUCUGGACGACGGAGGCUUCCUGGUGAUGUCCAAUCGAGACGAGUACAUUGAUCAGAUCGGACGCUUCUUUGGCGUGAUCGACCCCGUCCUCAUGAGAAGCCUCAACGACUCCCUGUUCACCUUGAAGCAGACGUACGACUACCAGUCGCAGUGUGACCCCAAGAAAGAGAGCAAGGCGGCAGCGGGGCUGCGAUCCGUCUAUGUGCCCACAAUUGCAGAUAUUUUGAGUUUAGGAUGGUGGGCGACAGCUGCCGCAUGGUCCAUACUGCAGCAGAUACUGGUCAGCGUCACAUUCCCAACUUUCCUGGACGCAGCCGAAAUGGACAACGACGUGACCGAUGCCAUGCUGAAAGAAGUCUGCAUCACCAAGCAAACUCAGUAUUACUUCAUGAACACCAACUUCACCUUCAGAGGCACGGUCGACUGUGAAAACUGCUCCAGGCUGUACCACGCUGAAAAGCUGCCCAAGACUAACCUGGUCUUUAUCAUCGCUGAUGCAAAAGUCACCUGCUCGUCCUGUGACGCCACCCUGAUGAAACAGGACGAGGAGCCGUCCGAAGGUCCCGAUCCCUGCGAGAUGGCUCAGAAUCCCCGCUACAGGAAAGGGCCCGCGGUCUGUUUUGAUAACACGGAACAUGAGGAGGAUCCUGACUGCGGCGGCGCUUCCAGCCUGAGUCCCCAUCUGUCAUUAAUGGUGGCUCUUCAGCUGAUGCUGCUCUGGGUUCUGUCAGGCUCCGGAAACCAUGUCGUUCCGUCAUGACCUCUGAAUAACCCGAUCACACCCUCUAACUUCCAGCCUCUGAAUCUCCAUCAUGGCAACCAGCAUGCAACGCUGCCACCGAAAUGAUGAAUGGUUAUGGGACGAUUACGCGAAAUCCUAUGAGCUCCUCAGUUUGCCGGUUUCUUUUUUUUCUACCAGGUCUGAAGGUGGAAGUGGUGAAAGAAAUGUGUUUCAGAAGAUGUCAGUUUAAACAAUCAGGAAGAAUUUGACCCACAGCUACCCUUCAUCCCUUCACUGGUCCCCAUCAGCUGAGAUUAUAGGAAUUCAGCGAUUCCUUUUGAUUGGCAACUUCUGAACUUUCUCUGGCUCGAUGUCACAGAUGAGGGAGAUCGGACCGCCUUACAGUAUCAAAGGGAUUGAGUCCCACGGAAGGGACUUGCUGUUUAUUGAAGAUGAUUAGCAGUUCUUUUUUUUUUUCAACACUGCCAAAAACAGUGCUACCAUUUAUUCUGAAGCGAUUUGCAGUGGCUAGUUUUAGGUAUUUAUUGUUUUGUGGUUUAGGAUUUGGCUAAGAUUGCGAUAAGAGAUGCCAAAUUUUUACAUUGCAAGUUGACUUACAGUUGCCUACAGCUGGGUUUCUGAUAAUAUCACGUCGUCUCAGUCUAAUUUUUUUGACAGCACCACCUAGAACAUUUUCAUAUCGUCUCUAAGGCCGUUUGCCUUCACUUCUUGCCCCGUGUGUGUGUGCGUGUAGAUGCUGUAUUUGCAGAGUGGAACUCACGUUCAUUGUUAAGUUUAUACACAGAAACCAAACUCACCCACUGCCACAGAACGCCUGCGUCUCUGCAUGGAUUCUACCCAAACGUCAGUGCUAAUCAGGAGCGGUACAUGUAUGUGGAUUUUCCUCCUUGCCGUUGGAUCACUCCAGUGAAAACUUUGUUGCCAUAGCACCCGUCAACCAGUCAGGAUGAGCCUGGCCGGUGUCCUUUGCAUGCUUUAGUAGACAAAAUCUCUAGUGCCAUGUGGACUGUGCGACUCAGACGAACCCUUUAGCUUUGUUGACUAAAAGGAGAGAGGUGUAGUGUUUUUAUUUAUUUUUAUUAUUAUUUAAUGGUUAUUUAAACAUAAUCAGAAUUGGUUAUUUGAAUGAUUUUACUGCCAUUGCGAGAGUAAACGACUGCUGCGGGGGUUUACCGAUAGGAGACUUUGUUCUUGACAUUUUGUUCAAGAGAAGAAUUGGUACGUUUGUGUUCACUGCUGUCACUUUUUGAAUUAAAUGACUACUAUCUGCACUGCAUUUCAAAGUGCAACUUUUCUUUUGUCUUUACAGUUUCGUCUUCGUCUGCCUGAGGAGCAGCCUCUGUCUCUGGCGUAGAACUAAUAUUAUUCCUUUUUAAUUUAUUACUCUGUGGCUUCAUCUCACCAUGUAAAAAUCAUAAUUCACCUGCAGUCACCGUACGGCUUUACAAUAUCAGUUCAUUUUGACUCUUUUCUUUUUCUUUUCUUUGUUGCAUUGUUACAUUAACAGAUUUACUGCAAAUAAUUUUAAUGAGAUAGUGUCACUGUGUUUGCCAGAGGGCGAGACGGUUGAAAUGUCAGAUUUAAUUAUACCAGCCACAUCAACAUGUUGGCUUUGACAACUUUUGCCAGAAAUCUUUGAUGAUUUCUCAGUCUGUUGACUCAGAGUCCGUUGACAGAGUGGUUUUGAGUCUUUCCAUUGUAGUGUGUGUUGGCUGGAUAGUGAUAGCUGUGUCAUAUGGCGUGAUUGCAGGGUCACAGAGUGCAAAGUAAGACAUUCAGUGCGUUUACACCCAUGUUAAAGGUAGGGUUGGAGAUCCUGGAAAAACUGUUCGAGCAGGCGACGUAUUUAAUUCAAAAGUCCAAGCCCCUUUUUUCAGACUUCCCUCCAAAGCUCCGCCUCCAGCGUACAGGAAACGCGCGAAAAACACGGUCAGAAAAUGCUCCAGGAAAAUAAUCUCCCACCUUUAAAAGACAACUUUUAGUCGGAGUAAGACAAUAAUUCCGUUUUCUUAAUGUUAGUCUGACUAAAAUCGUGCUAGUCUCAGUCGGACUAACAUACCUGGAUAAUGUGAUUCAUAGUCCGAUUAUUCCAGCAUGUAUGCGCUUAGUCGGACUGGAGUCAGACUUGGAAUUCUGCGCAUGCACCAAAAUUCCCUCCCCGGUCUUUGACCCGGAAGUUGAAGGAGACGACGUAUAAAACUGCAGUAACGUUGCCGGAAAAGAACAAGCAACGCGAUGGCGUCAGCGAGAGCGAAAGCUACGGAGAAGACCCGCUUUUGGACGGAUGUACAGCAGGUACAGAAACAUACUCAACCACAGCACGGUCCAUCUCGCUGUUUGUCAUUCCUGUGACGAAAAGGUCGGCAGGAUAGUGAUUCAAUACGCUCUAGCUUACGGAGAGAUAGGGCGGAGUCAGAUGUACGCGGCCAAUAAAAGGUCUUUUGGCAUGGCAAGUUGUCCAAUUGCCUGUCUUAGUCGGACUAUGGUCUUAGUUGGAUUAAACUGCGUGUGUAAACGACUGUGUUACCUCAGGAUAAUUGCACUUCUUCUGACUUUAAAUGAACAAAGUAAAGUUUAUGAAGUCAACCGUUAUUUUGGCGCCCUUUACCGUUACAUUUACCGUGUCAGUGCUAAUAAGGAGCAGAGAGUCAGACUGAAAAGUUGUACUGUGUUGGUUUAACCAAACACUUGUAUGUUGUCAGAUAGUGACUAAAACUGUCCACAGGCUAAUGUAUAAAGUAAACCAUUAGUCAUUGACCCAUACACUCACAAGGUGAAAACAUCACUACCCACACGACUCUCAAAGCAGUGAAAUGUUAGUGCUUCACUAAAGAAAUCCGCCAAAUUAAACUAAACUAACAAUGGGGGAAAAAAAAAAACAAGAAAACAAGUUUUAAAUCCUUGAAAUAAAAACGUCACUUUUACUCCGACCAGCUGCACUUGACGGUUUGUUUGGCACAGCAGCUGUCAACAAGUUAUUAUACAAUUAGAGCCUUAUUUAUUCUGUUGAUUCAACUUAAGAAUGUUUGGUUGAAAUGAUCCAUGUGUAGUUUAUGUAAAAUGCCUCGUUAGGAGAGACUUUCCAGUACGGAAAUGAUCAUUUUAUACAACUGUUCAGCAUUUGGAACAAUAUGUUCCAUUGUUGUUGACACUAGCAUCACCUAACGCCCUCACAACACACUGUACGCAUGUGACAAUGCAUCUGUUUCACAUUCAACACGUCAACAAAGGUGGUUAUUAGUCGGUUGCGAGGACGCGGCGCGCAGAGCGACACGGGGACUCUCGUUGCGUAUCCGAGGGCAGCGCUUGACGCGUGUUUGCAAGGGAACGACUAAUUCAGUGCGACAUGUCGUUAAAAGAUGUGUGUGCAGUCUGUGGCCACAGACAUUUGUCUCACACUUGUUUUAAUUCAAUAAUUGCUCUCUCGCCUCAUGUUGAGUAAUGUCAGAUCAGGAAACACUAGCUCACAUCCAUUUAGCCACAAACCACCAUCAUCAUCGUCGUCGUCGUCGUCGUCGUCAGUAACCUUAGCCAGUGAUACGAGUUGAACUUUAACCUCCGUGUUUUACUAUAACCUUCGACUUAAACAACGUGGUGACACUAACAACGGUAUUUAAGCUCCUUUUACACUUACUAACACUCACAGACUAUCAAGUGCCAUAUGGGACUCUCUUAUUCUCUUGUGGAGAAACCUAUUAUCCUAUAAUAUUACAUUUAUGCAACGUCACUAAGGCAAGAUGUACUUGUCAUAAAUAGUUUCCCUGUGUGCUGCAUGAGAGCAAAAAAAAAAGAAGAAAAGAAAAAGUAAUGUAUCCAGUGUGCUCCUGCUUCCGUGAGUGUGUGACGCGUAAGGAGCGUAAUAUUAUUCAUGAUAUGAUAACGGUAUGAUCAGCUUUUUACUGCCUUGCUCUUGUGGAGACAGCAUUUGGCUCUGCUCAGGUGUGAUUUGACAGGAAGACGACGGUGCUCACGAUACACUGAAGGACACUUCUAGUGAACCAGCCAGUGUUAAGUCAUGAAUACGUUACAUUUCUUACCAUAUUGAAGUAAGUACACACCGACGCCGUCAAGUUAUUGUGAGCAUGUCAAAAUGCUAAUGCACUUUGAGGCUGUAGUAUAGAUCAGUGCUUCCUUCAACUUUAUUAUUAAGGGAUUUGGACUUCGGACUAUUUGAGGACUCGCUUCUAAAAGAUUCACAAGCCAUUUCAUAAUGUACCGCUCCCUUGAAUUUGAGGUCAUUUGGUCCUUGAAGAGUCCUUGAAUUUAAAUGUCAACCAAGGUGUGGGGAACCCUGAGUUUAACUCACACAGGAACGUUGUUGUGUAUGUGACGCUCAAACCUUUUACACUUUAGUUAUUUAACAACAUGCGAGAGUAGGACAAACUCGUGCUACUGGUCAAGGGUCAAGGGUCAGGGAAUGAUUAUUUUAUGUAUGGUUAUUGUACACAUUACAGUAAAUCAUCUCUGUAAGACCUAAUCACAACUUCAUUUUACGUCACAUAAAUCUUAAGUAAAUGAAAAAAAAGAUUAAUGUAUGAUUAAAAGGCAAAGUGCACACCAUUUUAUAUACAUAUAAUCUAUAUACACUAAUAUAACACUUAUUGUUGUUCCUGUACCUUGGAAAGGAGCCAUUUGACUUUAUUCAUUUGUUGAACCCGCAGACUCUUGAGACUUCGCAGCCUGAAUUCAUUUGUCUCCAUAUUUUUAAUUAAUGCGACGUAGAGUGACUGAAUCAAAGUUGGCGUCACGAAAAAUGAAAGAAAACCUGCAAAAGUUAUACAAAUGCACCGAAAAUUCCACUCAAAUCUAAACGUGCUAAAUUCAAAUGCUGUCACCUCAGGAAAAGUAUAUGUGAAAUUAUGAUUUGAAGUGUUUUCUGACUGUGAUGGUGCUCUCUGUGUGUGGAUUUCUGGACUCUUAAAGACUGCUUCGUGUGUAUGUGUCUGUUACCAACUCAGUCCCUUGUCCCUGUUUUUUGGUUUUUAAGGCCGACUUAGGUUUUAAAGUUGUAGAAGAGUAAAGUAAAAGAAAAGAUGUUUUCUUCCAAAAAAGAACAAUGUUUAUAACGCUGCGGAGGACAAAUGUGUUUAUCAAUGCGCAAAUUAAGGUUUAUCCAGAAUAAAAGUUUAUGAUUAUUA